AUGAUGAUUCGCACCGCCCGACCUGACGAGAUCCCCGAUCUUUACUCUACAGGCGACGCCAAGCGCAACGCCGACACCGCCGCGUCUCUAACGCGUUUGCUCGACGUCGGAUGUGUCAAGCCUGAGUGGUGUUUCCUGGCUGAAAGUCACGGACGUGUCGCCGGCAGCGUCGUGCUGUGGACCAGGCCGGGGCACGACACACCUACUGAUUUCGUGCUGCUGGACACUGACUGGGAACGCAGCCCCGAAAUUGGGCAGGCCCUGCUUGACCAUGCCCUGGCCGUGGCGGGCGAUCUCGGGGCCGACGCGCUCGGACACGUUGUCGAUGUUCCCAACGCGGCGCCGCAGCGUCGAACCCACUUGAGAAUCCAGCAUGAGCUGCUGACCCGCAACGGUUUCACGGUCACCCGCGACGGGCGGCGCUGGGAAUGGCGCGCCGGCGACCCGAUCCUGGAAACCGACGACAGGCUGACCUGGCACAACCUGGCCGAGCUCGGCGCGGAACCGUUCCUGACACUGCUGACCGAGCUAUUGGCCGAUACCCAAGACUCGCUGCUUCAGGCCGAAGUGGACAAAUUUGGGCUGCGUGGCGCCGCUGAGGAGAUAUGGAAGGACUGCCUCGAUAUGGAGCACGAGGAUACCUGGUUUGAGCUUGGUUUUGACGCUGACGGCACCGCCGCGGCGGUCUCGCUGCCCUCGCGCAACCCGACUGUGGCCGUCAUCGGUUUCGUUGGGGUAUCACCACGGCACCGUGGCAAGGGUUACUCCGCGUCAGUUGUCGUGCGCGGCACCCGGAUCCUCACCGGGGCCGGGGCCGAAGUGAUUAGGGGUGACUGCGACACUGCAAACCUGGCGAUGAUACGCGGUUUCGAACGCGCCGGUUACCGCAACUUCGCAAAUCGCAAGGAAUACAGCAAGCAAUUCAACUAA